AUGGUUGCAAGUGGAUCAACUGAAACUAUUGAUCGAAGCAUAUUGUGGAAGAAAGCAAGGCAAAAAAAGGACGGCACCUUUGAUGAAGUGGCCAUACCAGUAAUUGAGAAAAUGCAUUGUGGUCGAGUUAGGGCCAAAGGGAAGCACUACACACCUCGCCAAUAUUUCAAUAGUGCUGCAAAUCGUGCUGUCAGGGAUUUCAUAGCAACAUCUAAAGAAGAACAAAGAAUAUUUCAGGCAGAAGUGCUAGCAAAACUGUCUCAAGUAGGAGCUGUUACUCCCCAAUCUGAUGUUAGCAAUUCAAACAUGAAGCAAAAACAACUUCUCCUACUAGAAGCAGUGGAUAAGCCAAUCCGUAAAGUUGAAGAUGUGACCUCACCAGAAGCAAUAGAACCACAGAAGAAGGUUAGAAAAUGUGAGCUGGCCAUAGGCACCAAGGAAAAUAUAGUGGCAGGUGGAACAAUUAUACUUGAAUGUGGUCCCAACUAUUUAGUAGUUGUUGAUGCUCCUUAUGAUUCAAGUGCACCCCUUCCCAUUCCUAUUCCUGGACAAACUACUACUGUUGGGGCUGCAAUUGGUUACCAAGUUUUGUGGCCAAUUGAUUUGGUCAUCAUCCGUACUCCCAUCUUAGCAUCUAAGAAAGCAAAGAAACAAAAAGUAAAUGAAGUUGAAGUCAAAUCCAAGGAUGAUGUUUUUGGUGAGAGUUUCAAGACCUUCAUGAUGAAAGAAGAUAUGGAAAUGAUAAUAUCAUCAAAAGAAGAGUCAUCCAAUUGUAUUAUAUACUACAUCUGGCAUUUGCAUAGAAAGUUGAUUGAUGCAAAGCAGGCCGAACGAUAUGUUUUUGUCAAUCCAUCAUUGGUCUCAAAAGCUAGAAUGGGAGAGGGAAGCAAGGAAAACAGGUCAAGGGUUAUUGCAGAUCAACUAAAGAAUACAAAGCAUGCUGAAUAUAUGCUUAUUCCAUACAACCCAGAUUUCCAUUGGGUGUUAGUGGCAUUGGAGAUGAAGAAAAUGAUUGCAUAUUACCUUGAUCCAAUGGCCUGUCAACCAUGUGAUGAUCUUAAGGACAUAGUUAACAUGGCAAUGAGAAUCAACCCACCGGAAAAACAGAAAACAUCAAAGAGGGAGCCAACUUGGGUGAAAGUGGUUUGCCCAAGACAACCAGGUAGUGUGGAAUGUGGGUAUUACGUGAUGAGAUAUAUGAAGGAAAUCAUUGCUAAUCCAAACCAACUAACAUCAAAGUUGGCAGUGUUUUCAAUAUGGAUCAUUUUGGGGGUUGCUCUAUUAUGAUUGAUGUAUAGUUGGCAUAUUGAGAGGUGAAGCCAAGUAGACAUGAUUGAGCAUCUAGAAAGUGAGUUACAACCAUCCUUUUGCACUUGGAAGAAAAAUGAUGUAAAACUAGAUGUAGUGAAGGUUAUGAACAAUUCAAAGUUGAAGAAGAAGUUGUAAAAUUGUUGGUUUUAGUUGUUGAUUAUGUAUGAUGUUUAUGGAUAAAUUGUAAUAGUGAAAA